AUGCUUCGAGUCACAGCACUGGGUCUUUUGUUUGCGUUAUUUGACGUUGCGAAGGCUGCGGUUUCAUCAUCGUAUGCAGUCUGGGCUGCGGAUUCAGCUAUAUUUCGGGGUCAGGGAAACGGCAUCGUGAAUGGAGCACCGGGUUGGAGCUACGAACACGGAGAAUUCCAGUGGGCUCUACGGCUACUCUACGAAUCGACCGGAAACGUCUCCUACUUCAACUACAUAAAGAAUGGUGCAGACACUAUUUUGAGCAAUGAUGGUAGGACUAUUGCGAAGUAUAAUGUUUCAGAGUACCAACUCGAUUCAUUAAGAGUUGGGCCUACAUUUCUAUACCUGCAUGAGCAGACUGGAGACAGGAAGUAUAGAACAGCCGCAAAUGUCUUAAGAAGGCAGUUUAAUACCCAUCCUCGUACUCCCGCCGGUCAGUUUUGGCACAAGGCCCAGUACUUCGAUCAAGGAUGGCUCGACGGCGUGUACAUGGGAGACGUGUUUUACGCAGACUAUACUAAUAGGCUUGAACCCAACAAUCGAACUGCGUGGGACGAUGUCAACCUGCAGCUUUCGCUGAUGUACGAGAACACGGUCCAAGUCCCGAGCGAUGCGAACUAUACAGGGCUUCUCUAUCAUGGCUAUGACGCAUCCUUCACUGCUGUCUGGGCAUCGCCUGAUCGUGGUCACUCUCUAGAGGUCUGGGAUCGUGCCUUGGGAUGGUACUUCAUGACACUCGUCGACCUGCUUGAUUUCGUCCCAGUGCAGAAAACUUUGCAUACCACCGCUCUGAAACAGCUGCAAACACUCGCUCCAUUCCUUGUCGCUCAGGCUGAUCCUGUGUGGUGGCUCGUCAUCACCGAGCCUGGUCGCGAAGGGAACUACUUCGAGAGCAGUGCAGCGGCAAUGUAUGUGUAUUCCCUUUUGAAGGGCCUAAGGCUUGGAUUUCUCGAUGAUCCAGAUGGAGGCAUAUUAGCUGUGGCGAAAGCAGCAUACAAAUACAUGUUGGACCACUGGGUAGUUGACAACGGUGACGGAACAAUGGAUUGGAAGGGCACUGUCAUAGUUGGCACCCUUGAUGGUGCUGCAGACUUUAAGCAAUAUAUUAGUCAGGAGGUCGAUACCAAUGACCUCAAGGGAUUAGCAGCCUUCGUCCUUGCUAGUAUUGAGUAUGAAAAGCUCUAAUGUUUUUGUCUGCAAACUUAUCCAAACACCAGCACUCCUGUUCAGACGCCUGAAUUUUAAAGGCUUCUUCAUGCACGUGUCAUAGUUAGUGCUCUUGCACAAUGAUUAUUAU